UAAAAAUCUUGAAAAAAGACUUCCGUUAUGAGUCUAGACGCAAAUCAUAUUACUUUUUGGUAACUGGUGUUUUUUUACUAAUUCGACCCUGCUGAAUAAAAAAAUGCCGGUUGCCAACCCCUCCUCUCCCCCCUCCCCCCCCUUUUCCUCACCGAAGUGUCCCUCGCCGUGGUUUUUUCCAUUUUACAGGGAAACGGUUACAGAUAGGAGCAAAUUGUCUAAUAAGAAGUUAAUCUACAUUAAAUUUCCUAAACAGCAACACCAAAUUUAUAUCGAUACGAUAAGUAGUUUUUGAGAUACAGCCUUCGACAUUGCAUGAAAAGGUGAAAAAAAACAUUUUCUUUAUCUUUCUUCUCGAUUUUGAGAAAAGUGACAGGAGUUAUGAGAAAAUUAUCUUCAGAUAUUUAAGAGCAUAUGAAUUUAUCUAGAAAAUGACAUCUAAUUCAUAGUCGUGUGAACAAUGGUUCAUCUUAGUGGGUCCACCCACGAAGAAGCAGACACAAGGAUGGUUCUUCAUACAGUUCACGCCGAAGCCGACAACGCAGUUGUUUUAGUUAGAGACACCGACGUGCUAUUGCUCUAUGUACACCACUUCGCAAAAAUGAAACCUUCAAAGGUUUGGAUUAUGAGUGGUACAGCAAGAGACCGCAACUUUAUUCCAAUCCAUGACAUUUGUGAGAAAUUGAGUCCUGAACAGAAGCAUAAUCUCUUGGCAUUCCAUGCCAUCACCGGGUGCGAUAGUACCUCAAAGAUUGCCUCAAUAACCAAAAGAAAUGCAUGGAAGUUCUUUAAAGGACAUACCUGUUCUCUACUUGAAGGCCUCGGAUCCAUCCCUUUGACCGACCAAGUGGUUGCAAACGCAGAGGAGUUUGUCAUCCAACUGUACAAGGUUAGCACAGAAAUUAAAACAGGAGACGCCGCUCGGAGCUUUUUGUUCGGAGCUGUAAAAAGUCCUGAGAAAUUGCCUCCAACCUCUGACGCCUUACGCCUACAUAUUCGAAGAUGCCACUACCAGGUAUACGUUUGGGAGAACGCCCAUAUCGCCAAUCCUAGCGUUCCUUGUCCCGAGAACUGUGGCUGGAGAGUUGACGGCACUACAAUAGAACCGAUUCUAAUGACGUUGCCGCCUAUACCCGCAUCCUGCAAUGCUCUUCGUGCAUGUGGUUGCAAGGGAAUGUGCCAGACAAAUCAGUGUCGAUGCCGAAAAGAGUCACAUCCAUGCAUGAAGAUUUGCAAUUGCCGCGCUUUAUGCUUAAAUUGCAUUAAAUAACGUUUCUUGUUGACCUCUGUGUGAUAUAUGCAUGUUUUCUAUUUUAACAACCUGAAUUUGAAAUACCAAGAAAGUGCUCUUUUUCACAUUCAGAUGUUUUAGAAGAAAUUUGUUCAUUAUGAUGAGUUAAACUCCUAGUACCUAAAUAUUUUUCUUUACAUACUGCAUGGAACAGCCGGAAAGUGUACGAUGCGCAUCCGGAGCACCUCUACGCGGUAAACUCUAACUCGAGAACCAUUGUUCACACGACUAUGAAUUAGAUGUCACUUUCUAGAUAAAUUCAUAUGCUCUAAAAUAUCUGAAGAUAAUUUUCUCAUAACUCCUGUCACUUUUCUCAAAAUCGAGAAGAAAGAUAAAGAAAAUGUUUUUUUUCACCUUUUCAUGCAAUGUCGAAGGCUGUAUCUCAAAAACUACUUAUCGUAUCGAUAUAAAUUUGGUGUUGCUGUUUAGGAAAUUUAAUGUAGAUUAACUUCUUAUUAGACAAUUUGCUCCUAUCUGUAACC